ACUAAAGACAUUAAAAUGAAGGGUCCAACUAUCACGACUUGUCUUUACCUUAUUUAUUUGAUCGUUGGACAAGCGUCUGAAAAAAUCAGUUAUACCGGCGACCAACUAUGGAAAAUAACCAACGGUAACAACUCGACUCUAAAUUUACUAAAAACUUUAGAACAAGAUAACUAUGUCUCAAUAUGGGGGCACAAUUCUACGUAUAUUGACGCAUUGGUUCACUCAUCGGCUUUAAAUAAAGUGAGAGACAAGCUUCAGGAGCACGGACAAGAGUUUAAGGUUUCAAUUGAAGACGUACAGAAAGCCAUAGAUGAGGAAAACCCCAAACCUGCAAACCUUGACGGUCGCAAGGGAUUUCGUUUGACUUGGAAUUACUAUCAUAGUUUGGCCGACAUCUACGAUUACCUCUACUAUUUGCAACAAACUUUUCCGAAACUGUGCUCAGUUCACAAUAUCGGACAGUCAGUCGAGCGCCGACCGAUCAAACUUUUCCUAAUUUCUAACGGAAAGAAAGCAAAUAAAGCGAUUUUCAUCGAGGGAGGAAUUAACGCCCAGGAAUGGAUAUCACCAGCCGUAAUCACAUACGUAAUCAAUCAAUUCGUUUCGAAUUAUCAAAAUGAAACACUUUCGGUGCAAAACAUAGACUGGUAUAUCGUACCAGUGUUGAACCCUGAUGGUUAUGAAUAUUCGUACAAUGUGGACAGAUUGUGGAAGAAAAAUCGAUCAAAAAACAAGAAAUGUGUCGGAGUUGAUCUUAGUCGAAAUUGGGGUUAUAACUGGGGUAAAAACGGGUCAUCGAGUGACCCGUGUAGUAAUUCAUACAGAGGAAGAAGACCGUUUUCUGAACCCGAAACGGCAAUUGUUGCUAAUUUGUUUAUUACUCAUCCGGAAAUUGACUGGAUUGGGUAUAUUUCAGUUCGUGCUUAUGGACAGUACAUUGUUUAUCCUUGGGGGUGCCCGAAUGGGGUACUCGAAGACCACGAGGAGUUGUUUAGAGUGGCAAAAGAAGCGGCUGUGAAAAUGGUAAGCGCUGGUGGCGAAAGCUACACAGUAGGUCCUGCAGGAAUUAUCACCGAUAGCUCAUCCGGAAUAUCCAUAGGCUGGGCUAAAGAUGCUCAAGCCAUAAAAUACGCAUACAUCAUGAAACUGAGAGACACCGGACGUUACGGCUAUUUCCUACCAGCAAGAUUUAUCAAACCAACAAGCGAAGAAGCUGUUACCUUCCUCAGAACUAUCGCAGGAAUAAUCAAAAUUGAAAUGAGGUGUUCGACGUUAAUUUGUCUUUUGGUGGUCGGUCAAGUGUGGGCAAGGCCGGAAGCCCCAGUGGCGAACGUCACCGAGGGUGAGGUUCAAGGCAGGGUUUUGUACACGGGAAGUCAGUUGUGGAAAACGCGCGAUGUGACCAAGGAACAAAUCAAAGUUCUGGCCGAGUUGAGGGAUGAAAAUGAAAUUUCGAUGUGGGGUGGAAAUUCGACCGCCCUCGAUAUUUUAGUCAAGCCUGAUGCGGUUGACCAUGUCAAAGAAAAACUAAAGGAGAGUGGAAUUUCAUUUGAAGUUGUUAUUGACGAUUUGCAAAAGGCAAUCGAUGAAGAAAAUCCGACAGACAUUGAGCUGGAUGACCGGCGAGGACACCGUCUCACAUGGCAAGCCUACCACCGAUUUUCCGACAUACUAGGAUAUUUAGACUAUUUGGCCGAAACUUAUCCCGAUUUAUGCACCGUCCAAACCAUCGGCCAAUCAGUCCAAGGAAAUCCAAUCAAACUUUUGAAAAUCUCGAACGGAAAUCCAGGCAAUAAAGCCAUUUGGAUGGAUGGGGGAAUCCACGCAAGAGAAUGGAUCUCACCAGCAACAGUCACUUUCAUAAUCAAUCAAUUCGUUUCGAAUUUCGAAUCGGAACCAUCAGCUGUGCAAAAUAUAGACUGGUAUAUAACACCCGUGUUGAAUCCUGAUGGUUACGAGUACUCACACACAAGGGAUAGACUAUGGAGGAAGAACAGGAAAGGGGGAGGACAGUGUGCCGGAGUGGAUUUGAACAGAAAUUUCGGGUACCGUUGGGGCGGCCGUGGUUCAUCCAAAAACCCCUGUACAGAAACAUUCGGAGGCUCGGGCCCCUUUUCCGAACCUGAAACUUCAGCCGUUCGAAAUUUCAUUCAAGGCAAUUCGGGUGCCAACUGGAAGGCCUAUAUUUCCUUCCAUUCGUACGGACAGUACAUUUUGUACCCUUGGGGUUAUGACAGAGUUGUACCACCGGAUUACAAAGACUUGGAAAAUGUUGCCAGAAAAGUGGCUUCGGCGAUAAGAUCGACCGGAGGAUCGCAUUAUACGUUCGGUCCUGCUGCUAACACUCUAUAUCCGGCCUCGGGGGGCUCAGAUGAUUGGGCUAAAGGCAGCGCCAAGUUUAAAUAUUCGUACACGAUCGAAUUGAGAGACAAUGGAAGAUAUGGGUUUGUGCUUCCUGCGGCUUAUAUUCAACCCACCGCAACGGAAGCCCUGGCUGCAGUCAGAGUGAUUGCAGAGGCAGCUGCUGCUGCCUAAUUAUUUAUUUAUUACUUUUGUGCUAUUUAUGUAUGUUUUUAAAAAAAUAUAGAAACAGAGACGCUGUGAUUAAAA